GUCCCUGCUGACCCCCCCGUCCCGCAGUAGCCCCCCCCGGGCAGCAUGGCGGAGGGCUGGGUCGAGUGCCCCGCGCUGGGGCCCGGCUGGAAGCGCCGGGAAGCGUUCCGGAAGUCGGGAGCCACCUGCGGCCGCACCGACACCUAUUACCAGAGCCCCACAGGGGAGAAGUUUCGGAGCAAGAUCGAGCUGAGCCGGUUCCUUGGACCCGAGCGGGACCUGGGCAACUUUGACUUCAAGAAUGGGCUGGAGCGUGCUGGCCCCCCAAAAGCCCGGAAGGGCCCCAAAUGGAACCAACCCCAAGGGGCCACCCCGGAGCCCCCCCCCGCGCCCGAGGAGCCGGUGGGCGGGGCUGAAGCUGCGGAGGCCCCGCCCCCUUCGGUGGAAGCCCCACCCCCGGUGGAAGUGGCCACGCCCCCUCCUCCACCUCCUCCGGCCGAGGCUCCGCCCCCUCCGCUGCCGGACCCGCCCCUCCCGCGGCGCACCCGGAAGCGGCCCCCUCCGGAGGUCCCCCAGCAGGGGGCGGUCAUGUCCUGCGCUGGCUGCCAGGGGCUGUUCCCAGGGGUGACGCCGCCGACUCAGCGCCGGUGCCGCUGGCUCUGCCCUGAGUGCCGGGCACGCAGACGGGACUUCAACCGGGAGCAGCGUUUCUUCAAGCGGGUUGGCUGCGGCUCCUGCCAGGCCUGUCGCAUCCCCCAGGACUGCGGCAUCUGCAGCGCCUGCGCCCGCCCCCCCCCGGCCCAGGGCCCCAAGUGCCUCCUGCGGCGCUGCCUGCGCAUCGUCAAGAGGGGGCUGGGCUGCGGCUCCUGCCCCGGCUGCGUGGCCACCGAGGACUGCGGCUCCUGCUGCAUCUGCCUGCGCCGCCUCCAGCCCGGCCUCAAGCGCCAGUGGCGCUGCCUGCGCCGACGCUGCCAGCGGCCCAAG